AUGAGUUUCGCCGAAAUCUGUAAUAGCACUCAAAUCCCAAAAGCUUUACUUUGGGAUGUUAAUCAAGUUGCUUCUUGGAUUGAAGGCAUUGGAUAUUCUCAGUACAAGGAAUGUUUUACUGAAAAUCAGAUUGAUGGUCGCAGUCUAAUUAAUAUCCACUCUUCAACACUUCCUCAUUUAGGCGUGACUGAGUUUGCAGAUAUUAAGCUGCGUUUUAUUAGGAGAAUCAUCAGAGUUGUACUUAAUUCUAUGGCGUACAACUGUAUCAUCAUUAUUCUGUUGCUGUUUAUAACCAUACAAAUGGAUGUGAAAUCUUCACAAAUUGAUAUGGAUACGCUUAAAGAAAUAAUGAAACUUAAUAAAGAUCAAUUGGAAACGCUGGACAAGAGAGUACAAAAGACAAGACUUGAUAUUGAGAAGCUUAUAGGGGAAACAAAUUCAGAUUUGAAGAAUCACGGUGUGCAGUCUGAUGAAGUGAUCGAAUGCCGACGCAUGUUUUAUGCAAGCGAACAUGGAGCAAUAAUCUUCGAUGAUAUGAUAGAAAAAAUUCGUGUCAACAAAUUUAAAAGUCCCCUAGUUACCAACUAUAACUUCACUGAUUUGAUCAACUGUUUCGAAAAACAAAAGAAGCAUCAUCAAAUGGAGGCAGCUAAUCGCAAUGGUUCAGCGUGUUACAUCAAUCUACCACCACAACAUAUUGAAGUUUUCGAGAAUGUCAAUGACAAAUUGAAUACUUUACAUUAUGUGAAGUCCGAAUUCAGUAAAUUUUUAUUUCUCACCACAUUCGGAUGGAAAUUAAUUUACUAG